AUGGAAGCUGAAACCAAUUUCUCUCAAAUUGCUCCCCCGGUCUUCGAUAGAGAAAACUACCAGCUUUGGGCACUUAGAAUGGAAGCUUAUCUGGAGGCUUUAGAUCUAUGGGAAGCCGUGGAAGAGGAUUAUGAAGUCAUUCCGCUACCGAACAAUCCCUCCGUAACUCAGAUCAAAAGUCACAAAGAAAAGAAAACUAGAAAGUCAAAGGCGAAAGCAACUUUAUUUGUUGCUGUUUCAACAACAAUUUUCAAGAGAAUCAUGACUCUCAAAACAACAAAAGAGAUUUGGGAUUAUCCGAAGGAAGAAUAUGCAGGAGAUGAAAGGAUACGAGGCAUGCAAGUGCUAAAUCUAAUAAGGGGAUUUGAGCUGCAAAAGAUGAAAAAGGCUGAGACAAUCAAAGAAUACUCAGACAGAUUGCUCAGCAUUGUCAACAAGGUAAGGCUUCUUGGCACUAAAAUUGAUGAUUCAAGAAUUGUAGAAAAAAUUCUUGUUACCGUGCCUGAAAGAUAUGAAGCUUCAAUAACCACUUUGGAGAACACAAAAGAUCUAUCCAUGAUUACCUUGGUAGAGCUUUUAAAUGCUUUGCAGGCUUAA